CCUUUGCGCGCAGCAAAAAUGAGCGUCCUCUGGGCGUGCAUGAUUGUCCUCCUAAGCUGCUCCACAGUCUCUGGGAAGCUUGGAAAUCCGGGAGGUGUGCAAACGCUUCACUAUGCUGUCGCCGACAGCUUCAAGGUAAUGGAAAGCUUCGCUUAUGCUGUGGCUAUUAUUGACUUCAGUCACGACAGUACACUUCAAUGCUGGUCAGCGAAGCGAACAGAAAUUGACCGAGAAGCACGAACAGCAACAUAUGCUCUCGCUUUUCCAUCAACUGGAGAAACCAUACCAUUUCAUGUUAAAGCUGAAGAAAAUUCUCCAGCGUUCACAUACACACUCCAUAACGAUUCCACCCCGAAAGAAGGCAGGUUCUACUACACCGACUACAAAAAUUGUGUUAUCGAGGAUCUGGAGUAUCGUGGGCAUCAGUGCGUGCUUUGGACAAGAAUGGCGCUGAAGGAUUCUGUUCCACAACAUUGCAUUGACCAAUUUGUGGACACUUGCGGCGCUGAGGUUCCCGAGCACAGCAGAGCCCUUUGCAACGAUAAUGAAGGCGACUACUAGGUGUUAGUACUGAUAAGCUAUUUCAGGAUUAAAUCAUAAUACAAAUCUGUCCUGCGGAACUUCACAAUGUGGUGGAAGUGUCGUGAAAGAAAGGAAAGAUGGCCAUCCACUCGAAUACAGCACGACGAAGCUUCGUGCCACGUUCGGAUGAAUGACAAUUUUCCCUUUCUUAAUAAUAUAGGAAGUGACAACCAGCAAUUAUCAUACGCUUCAUCGAAUAAAUGUAUGUUUUAUGACCAG